AUGGAUAAUAAAGACAGUUGGAGUAUAGAACCUGAUACACCUGGCCCAGUCCAUGCGACAGAACAAAUAUUCACAGACCAAAAUAUAUUCAGUUCUUCAGGUUAUACUAAAGCAUAUCCCACUGUUAAAGAAGAAAACUUAAUUGAUUUAUCAUAUUCAGAAACUAUUCCAACCGACGAUUCUUUAAAUUUUAUCCUAAAUAGUUCAUUAUUCAAUGAAUCAUCACUAAAAGGAAACUUAUCCACAGUCGGAUCACAAGAUGAAAUUCCCAAACAAGAAAGCAUAAAUUUAGAUGAAGCCCAAGCUGCAUUCUGGAAUUUUGUACGCAACUUUAAAAAAACAAUGGAUCGUAUACUUAACUUACAAAAGAUUAGUAUAGAAGCCAGAACCAGUAUACAACAGCACAUGCUUAAAUGUGAAGAAAUUUUCAGUAUACGCCCUGGGGUGUUAGGUAUAAUAAUUUCAAUUAUUCUAUUACUCAUGGGAGAACUAUUAGUAUACAUUAUAUUUAAAAUGAAAAAUCCAAUUCUAAUCGGGUUAGGUGCUGGUGUAGUAAUAAGAUACUUAUGCGUUAAAAAAACGAAAGAUCCGUAUGUUAUAGGAUUAGGUAUUUCUAUGGUGGGGUGUUCUAUUAUAUUUAGCUUGUUCAAUAUAAUCAGGUAUAUUUUCAUAGGAUUGUACUUAAUUAUACUGAUUAAUUGGGUUGAAUCAGCUAAGGUUAAAUUGUACUUAUCCGAUGCGCUGAUACUUUCUGCAAUGAUUAUAUCAAAUGUAUCAAUUGGUUUUUUAAGUAUUUGGAUAGAAAACUCUGCUAGUAGUUGGUUCUUUUUUCUUUCUCUUUGCAUUAUGUCAACAUUAGUUCUUAUAUUUAAUGCUGGUAUGAUAAAAUACGUAUUUAACUGGUUAAAAGAAGUAUUUGUAGAAGAAACGAGUGAAACCAGUCAAAACGACACAGAAGAGAGCCUGGAAUCAGUUGAUACAACAAAAAGUCAAGUCAGAUUAAUAGAUAUAUUUAAUUUCUCAAAAGAGUGGAUAUGUGUGCUUACUGCUGCUGGGUUUAUUACGAGUGGAGUAGUCGUAUGCAAAUAUAUUUUAACAAAAAAUUCACGAAUAUUACGUAUUAUUAGCUAAUUAUUCACCAAAUAGUCUAAAUUUCCAACAAAUUAAU